AUGGCGGCGAGUUCGAGCACGGGGACGGGGCGGGUGGACGAGGGAGAGCUGGUGGGUAUCUGGAGGGCGUAUUUACACAAGGCCAUCGCGCAGGUGGAGGGGAUGAAGGCGCUGUUGCUGGACCGAGAGACGGAGCGGAUGGUGGCGCUGGUGGCCACGCAGACGGAGCUGCUGUUCGAGCAGGUGUACCUCCUGGGCCUCGUGGACGACAGGAAGCGCGACGCGCUGCCGUACCUGACGUGCGUGGCCGUGCUGCGCCCCACGGCGGAGAACGUGGACCGCCUGCGGAGGGAGCUGGCGGAGCCGCUCUACGGGAAGUACCGCAUCUACUUCACGAACACCAUCCACGACUCCGCCCUCGAAGUGCUCGCCCAGGCGGACAAGAAGGAGGCCGUGGAGUGCGUGCAGGAGCUCUACGGCGACUUCCUCGCGAUCACCUCGUACCUCUUCGAGGCCCCCAACCCGCACCCGGAGUGCGCCCUCCUCCCGCCCGCGGCCAUGCCCGGCCCCACGCAGUACAUGGAGGACCGCUGCAUCGAAGCCCUCGCCGCCGUGCUCCUCGCCCUCAAGUCCCGCCCGCUCGUCCGCGUCCAGGCCUCGUCGGCCCACUGCCGGCGGAUAGGAGAGGGUCUCUGGUCGCUCAUGCACGAGAAGGACGCGGAGCUGUUCGACUUCGGCGGCCGCUCCGACACGUCGUGCCACGUGCUGGUGCUGGACCGCCGGGAGGACCCCGUGGGCCCGCUCCUGAUGCAGUGGACGUACCAGGCGAUGGUGCACGAGCUGCUCGGCAUCAAGGACAACGUCGUGGACCUCACGCACGUCCCGAAGAUCCACAAGGACGUGGCACAGGCGGUGCUGGACGCGCACGACGACGGGUUCUACGCCGAGCACCGGUACGACUCGUUCGGCGACCUGGGCGGCGCGGUCAAGGCGCUCGUCGACUCCCUGCAGGAGUCGGCGCCGAAGAGCCUGCGCGGCGCCGGCGUGGCGUCGGUGCAGGACAUGCAGCGUGUGCUGGACACGUUCCCGGAGUACCGCGUCAAGUCGACGAACGUGAGCAAGCACGUCGCGCUGCUCUCGGAGAUGUCGCGGAUCGUCGACGCGCGGUCGCUGAUGGCCGCGUCGCGGCUCGAGCAGGAGCUGUCGAUGGGGGGCGUGUCCUCGCCGUCGCAGCACGCGACCGAGGUGGAGCAGCUGUGCUUCACGGACGCCGGGAGGGGCCUCACGGACCGCGACCGCCUCCGCCUGCUCCUCCUCCUGCAGCUGCGGUACGAGACCGAGCUGCAGCAGCGGUGCGGGGAUCUGGCGCUGAAGCUGGCCGCGCAGGCGAGCGACCCGCUCGUGCGGCGCGCGCGGGCGCUGCAGAAGGUCCUCCUUGACCACGCGGGCCAGGCGCGGCGCGACGGCGACCUCUACGGCACGCGGACCUUCAUGGCCAAGGCGGGCACCCUGUUCAAGGGACUCAAGGGGGUGGAAAACGUGUACACGAUGCACCAGCCGCAGCUCCUGGCGACGCUGGAGGCCGUCGCGCGCGGCCGGCUGCGGGAGCAGGCGUUCCCGUUCCUGGGGGGGUCGUCGCUGACGACGCUGGGGCGCACGAGCCCGCCGCGCAAGGUCGUGGUCUUCAUGGUCGGCGGCGCGACGUACGAGGAGGCGCGCAUCGUCGCGCAGCUCAACGCGCAGGGCGCGCGGAACGAGGGCUGGGCUGCGGGCAUGAAGUUCCUCCUGGGUGGCACCGGCAUGCUGAACAGCAGCGCCUUCAUGGAGGCGCUCGGAAAGGCCGCCGACGCGGCGGCGUCCGAGCACGUGUGA